AUGUGGGUCUUUUACACCUGUAGUUUUAUAACAGGUCUGCUAGUCACCUACCAUGGGGUACCAGGUCCUCUGCUAAAUAAGAUCUCUAGCGUACCCUUGGCAGUUGGCGACAUUUUCUUACGACGUAAUGAGAAGAUAUUUAAAUGGCAUCAGAAAUAUGGUUCAAUAGUAUGUAUUUCCCCAAACGAAGUAUCGGUGGCCUCGAUCGACGCGACAAGGAAAAUUUAUAGCACCAACAGCAGAUACGACAAAAGCAAUUAUUUUGAUAAUUUCAAAGGAUAUGGAGCAAAUCACUCCAUAUUCGCAACUAAAUUGUUUGAAGAACACAAAAAGAAGAGAAAGCUUACUUUUUCAUUCUAUCAAGCCUCUACAUUAUACACCAAAACUUUUAUCGAAGAGGGAAUCCGGUUGAAUGUUCGCUCCGUGUUGGAACAUAUAAGUAUACUGAGCCAGAAUACCUCGACUAUUGAUGUGUACUCAUUCACCGACUGGUAUGCUUUUGACAAUAUUACGCGUAUUGUAUUGGGACCAGUUCACUGCUCUCAUUCUAUCAAGGGUGACUCCGAGGAGCGACGUAUCCUCAGGAACCUGAAGCACUGCCAGCUAUGGGGCCCUUUCCGUGUACGAUUUCCUUGGGCCUUCCAGGUCAUGACUUUUCUCUGUAAAUACGCAAACAUUGGAGGUCACUUGAAAGCUGAGCUAGAAUUGGCAAAAUGGUGUCGUGACCGUGCUUUGAAAGCGCUUCGCGAUAUAAAAGUCGAUCAAGCGAACUCUUAUAGUUUAAUUCAUAAUCUGCUCUCCCGGAAAGGUCGACAUAAGCAGGGCUUAGAUAACUUCUCGCUUGCUCCAGACUUUAUCGAAGCCGAGGUUUUGGAUAACAUAAACGCAGCAGAGGCUACAGUGUCUGUCACGGCAACAUAUGCUAUAUAUUACCUGAGCAGAGAGAUAAAAUGGCAGACAAGAAUACGCAAUGAGCUACUGCAACUUCCCCGAGAGUUAGAUGGCUUGCCUACGUUUGCGAAUAUCAACAAAGCUCCAGUUCUGGAUGCCUGUCUGAUGGAGGUUUAUCGCUUAAAACCUGCAGUCAGUGGGCGCGCUGAACGCGUGAUACCUGAUGGUGGAAGAUUGAUUUCAGGUGUUUAUUUGCCGGAAAAGACAAUUGUGUCCACGUCAGUCACUGCCAUCCACCACAACAAGAAUUCCUUUACAAUCCUGGAAGAAUUUGCGCCACAACAGUGGCUAGAUGUGACCUCACAUCAUCGUAGUACUAUGGAGACUCAUCUUAUACCGUUUGGGUAUGGUGCACGACUUUGUCUGGGCAAACCACUUGCAACAAUGGAGAUCAAGUUGCUUUUAGCAGGUAUAUAUUUGCAUUAUGAGACAAGGCUUUCAAAAUUGACCACGGAAGAGUCCAUGAAACAGACAAGUACUCAUGAUGCAGUUCCGAGGGGAUUAAAUUGUGAAAUACAAUUCUGCGGGUUGAGUAGCUGCAAUGUUUAGGCUCUGGAAUUUCAUAACCCUCUUCAUAUUUUAUUGUGUUUGUAAUUUCAGUUAGAAUCAAUAGUUCUGUAUUUUUUUGACAGACUUUUGUGUUAGAUCGCUCUCAUAGUUUUGGUAACCUGAUCGUUAGGGUUAGGGUUAAGUGCCAUUGUUUUUCCUUCGGCUGCGUCCUUUGAUUCCAGCUCAAUUUAAGUUGUCAACAUUAAUGUCCUUCCUUCUA